AUCAGGAUGUCCUCGUGCAUCGUACUCGAUCAUUGACGGCCCCCCUGGGCCGCCCUCUGGACACAGUCUAGGCAUCGACUUUAACCAGCGCACGUCUUGAUGCUCCCGAAAUAAUUCAUGACAUUACAAUAGACUUCAACAUCAUCAUCUUGUCAGUUCUACAUAUCGUUGCUUCAUUGCUACUGCGACUCCAGUUCGACUCACCAACAGAAGAUAUCGUCACCACUUUCGAGUCACGCAAAUCGGUGUAUGGUCGUUUAAUCUUCUACUGUAUUGGAAGAUGGGAGCUAGACCUCGCUCCCUCCACCUUCUCGAACUUCCCUAUGAUAUCCGUCAUUUAAUAUAUCAGCAUCUAUUUCCGCCAGAAGCGCAAAUCUACAUUCAGGUUGAUCUCCGAUCCUCGCUCUGCCACAGACUCGCACCUCCAGAGCAGCAUGAGUUUCCCACGAGUCUCCUGCGGGCCUCACGCCAGCUUCACGAAGAAGCCAGCGCAUAUUUACAUAGCAUAUACGUAUUCAACAUCAUUGGCACGAAACAAGAUUGUUUGAUCGUCUACGAGAACUUCUUGAACAUGAUGCGGCGGCAUGCGCGUCCUGGCUGCGAGCCGUGCGCUACAGCUUUUUCGAAUGGGCCGCAUUCUAGCACCAUGUGCAUCUCCUUACAUUCUGGCGCUGGAGCUACGGCAAUGGUUCGAAGGAGACAACGGGGCAAGCAGAUGAGGAUUGAGGAUGUUAGACGAGAGGUGCAGAAAGAAGCCAAUUUAUACCACGGCUCAUCGCAGUGGUUGCGCACUUGCUUGCACGACGUGCGACUCGGUACAGCGACGAUUUUCUGGAUCCUUUCGGCACUUGUGACAGUGGUCGCCUUGGCUUUCGCAUCUUCAGCAGCAUAUGCACACUGAGGACGUCGCUUCGGAUCCCGAUUAUCAAGAGAGCAGAGGUUGCGCGUACUUCACACACCGUUUAAAGACUCGUGGAUAUGAUACUUCGUCCGAUUGUCUCGUUGCAAUGAUCUUCGUUAUGGCCGCAAGCCUUUCGUGCAGCCCUUCAUUGAUGCUCCGCAAACGCCAGGCCUUAAUCUUUCGUGAUGUGCAGAGCACACGUAGUAUACAAUUCCCAUCCUCUCGCCCGUUGUGGUUCAGUCUUGCCGUCC